UUUUUUUCAUUAGCCUGUCUGACUCUUUCUACAAUGCAUAUUGUAGAAAUCGCAUUUCUACACAUAUCACAUCAGAACACCAUAUUGUACCCCAUACACACCUACAGUUAUGUUGAUUAAAAAUUAAAAGAAUAACUGGGGAGAAGAGAGGAGAGGGAAUGCUGGAUGGUUAAAACCAGCCAAGAUCCCCUGCAGGGGGUGACCCAGAAACCAAAGCCCUCUGUCACCUCCGGCCCUCCGGCCCUCCAGCCCUCCGGCCUCCUCACCUGGGAGCAGGGCCACAUGAUGGUGGUCCCUGCAUGGUAUCAGCGAUGCUUCUUCACCCCAUUUCCGAGGCCGGGUGCAUUCCCGCCAGCCCCAGUCCUCAGGCAUUUCUCUGAGUCUCCGCACCCCCGUCUGGGUCCCAUGGCGGGCACUGCGGCAGCAGGUGGGCAGCCUCCCCGGGUUAGCACGCGGGAGCACAUGGCCGUCGAUGUGAGCCCGGGCCCCAUCCGGCCCAUCCGCCUGAUUUCCCACUACUUCCCGCACUUUUACCCUUUUGCGGAGCCUGCCCUGCACCCUCCGGACCUGCGCCCCGCAGCAGCGUCCACCAUCCGCUCUGCACCCCAGCUGCAGCCCGACCCAGAGCCAGAAGGAGACUCAGACGACAGCACUGCCCUGGGCACCCUGGAGUUCACACUUCUUUUUGAUGCAGACAACAGUGCCCUGCGUUGCAUGGCUCAUCGUGCCAAGGUGAGGAUGGGGGUGGGUGUUCCUGGGACAGAGGGCUGGGCCACGGGCCUGUCUCAUACCCACUGUCUUGUUCCCAGGGCCUCAAGCCAUUGGCCUCAGGCUCCGUGGACGCCUAUGUCAAAGCCAAUCUGCUGCCAGGGGCCAGGCAAGGCCAGCCAGCUUCGGACACGCACCGUUCGGGGCACGAGGGUACCUGUCUGGGAGGAGACACUCACCUAUCACGGCUUCACCUGCCAGGAUGCUGCCUGCAAGACCCUUAGGCUGUGUGCGCGCGAGGACCCAUGGCUGCGGCAAUGGCAGCAGGCGCCUCAACUGGGGGAGCUGCGGGUGCCCCUGAGGAAGCUGGUGCCAAACCGAGCCAGGAGCUUCGACAUCUGUCUGGAGAAGCGGAGACUGGCCAAGAGGCCCAAGAGCCUAGACACAGCCCGCAGCAUGUCCCUCUAUGAGGAGGAGGUGGAGACAGAGGUGGCCUGGGAGGAACGUGGGCGCGUCCUGCUGUCGCUGUGCUACAGCUCUCAGUGGGGUGGCUUGCUGGUGGGUGUGCUGCGCUGCGCCCACCUGGCCCCCAUGGAUGCCAACGGUUACUCGGACCCCUUCGUGCGCCUUUUCCUGCAUCCAAAUGCAGGGAAGAAAUCUAAAUUCAAGACCAGUGUUCGCAGGAAGACCCUGAACCCCGAGUUCAAUGAGGAAUUCUUUUACUCAGGCCCACGGGAGGAGCUGGCUCAGAAGACGCUGCUGGUGUCCGUGUGGGACUAUGACUUAGGCACGGCUGAUGACUUCAUUGGUGAGUGGGAACAUGAGAAGCUGGGGUGGGGGCCCAGUAGGCUCCUGGCGGUUCCUGACCCAUCCCCCAUGGCAGGCGGGGUGCAGCUGGGCAGCCAUGCCAGUGGGGAGCGCCUGCGGCACUGGCUUGAGUGCCUGGGCCACAGUGACCACCGCCUGGAGCUGUGGCACCCGCUGGACAGCAAGCCUGUCCAGCUCAGCGACUAGCCCAUGGGCCCUGCCUGCUGCCCCUCCACUACAGCUGCCUGAAACGUCCCCACAAAAAUGGUGGAGGCUGGGGCUGCCUUACCCAUCAUGCCCAGCCCCAAGUCAGAGAGGCGUUUCCUCUCUCCCCGCUUUCACAUUCACCCCACCCCAAAUCAUGGAGCCGAAAUAAACAUCUCCUUCAAGCCA